AUGCAAAAGUUUAUAGGAAUACAGAAUGGGAACCCACAAGAGAUUCUACGUGUUGGAGAAGUAGAGGCAACUUUAUGGGUUGAGGCGCAAACUACUGAUUUGAGGAUACCAGGAGAUGUUUAUCUUGUUGAACAAGAUCACCAAGAUAAUAUUGUGGGGGAGACAUCUAGUAAGAUCAUGGGAUUGAUGACAAUCCGUCACAGCCUAUCACCUUUACAUGCUGAAUGUAUGGAGUUGGAGUUGCCUAGUCGUUUAUACGGUGAGGGGUUGGAACCUCAGGAGUUGAUGACAAGCAAGAGAUAUGAGAAGUGGUUCACCUUCGCUAGGAGGCCUCUGCGUUUUGGAUUGCAAGAGUAUCAUGCUGUCAUUGGUCUGAAAGUGAAGCGAGAGAAGAAUAGUGGGUUAGUGACAUGGAAAGAUGAUGAUGAUCGUAAAAAGAAGCAUUUGGAAGAGAGCAAAACAUGGACUUGGGUUAAUAGGGUGAGACUGAUCUAUCUUUGCGUUAUUAUGGGUGUGGUGAUGGGGAGGGAUGAGAAGGUGAAUAUCCCGCAUCUGUACAUGAAGUUGGCGAUUGAUUUAGAGAAGCUUCAGAAUUAUCCAUGGGGUCUGUACUCGUUUGAUUUCCUUCUGAAGCAGAUUGAUAAAACAAGGCAUAAAUUGGAGCAGAAGGAGGGGUAUCUGAUGGAAAGAUUCUUGUUUGGUUUCCAGAUUUGGAUAAUGGAAGCUCUUCCUGCUUUAGGAGAGAUUUGUGGCACAAAAGUCAGCAAAAAUUUUACAGAUAUCAUUGGCGUUGAGAACUUAUUCCCAGAAAAGGGGAUUUUGCAUUCAUUCAUGGAAUUCCACAUAGAUGGAGCGGUCCUUUUGGCAACUGAUUUUGUACAGAAGGAUGAGAAGAAAGAUGAAAGAGGAGUAAAAGAAGCUACAAGCUCCGAAUUUAAGGAAGCUGGCGAAGAGAAAGGAGAGGAUCAAGUAGCUGAUACUGAGAGGAGUGAGAAUAGUCAUGUUGCAGAGAAUGUUGAUGGCACAACUGAUGUUUCGGGAAGAAACAAGAGAAAGCAUGCGGACCGAGGAGCAGAGUCAAGGAAGAAGAAUGUCUUGUGCCAACUAGCUGCUUCAUCAAAAGGGAACAUUGACACAGAUAUGAAAAACUUCUUGGAGGGUCUGGUACAAGCUUCUUUUACUACUUUUGGGGAGAAAUUCUGUGAGCAGUUCUCGGACAGGUUGGGGAAGAUUGAGACUGAGGUUACACAACUCAGGACAGCUUCGGAGAGAUCUGAGCAGUUUGAGACAGUUGUAAUCGACAGGUUGGGGAAAAUUGAGGCUGAGGUUACACAGCUCAGGACAACUUUAGUGGUGACUGAAUUGGUGGGAAAGAGUGAUCAAGCAAGCGGUCCUACCAUGACCAAAAUCAACACUGGCCCUAGCACGAGCAAAAAAGACACAACUCCAUCAAAGAAAAAAGCUUUUUUGGAAAGUUGCAUGAAGAACCUUCUACUAGACACAUUUGUUAAAAGUUUGGAUCCUUCUCAAGCUAAGGUCGAAGACUCAUUGGAUUUGUUGGAACUUCCAAAAUCAUUAAAGAAGCCAGCAGAUUCUUUGGAUUGGUUGAAACUUCCAAAAUCAUUGAAGAAGCUAGCAGAUUCAUUGGAACUUCCAAAAUCAUUGAAAAAGCCAGCGAUCCGAUUAGAUGACCGAGAUAUGGAGCUAGACGGCGAAGAUGACCCUGAUCGCUGCUUGGUGUUUGUGCAUCCUGCAGAUUUUAAGAAGAUGCAGGAUUGGCAAAAUACACGAACAGCUAUACAGAUUGAUCCUUCUAUGUUAGACGGUGAACUAGCCGGACGUAUUAUGUCUGAAAUUGAUGCUGUAAUGUACGUCUUCCGGGAAAGAACAACAUUGAAACGAUGGAACAUAUACCGUGUUGCUUUCAUGACAUGCGUCUUCAGCGACCUUAUCGCUAAGGAUUACCAUAAUUUUUGUAAGGGUAUUAAGAAGUACACUAUGGAUCCGUUAUUACUGGAAUACGGUAAAGGUGGACUGCCAUCUCAUGGAAGAACACGGAUGUUGUGGAAUGUCGAUGUGGAUCGGAUGUACGUUCCUGUGUUUGAUUGCGGGGGUAGAAAAAGAAUCAAGGAAGUGGAAGCUUUCGCGCAUCUUCUUCCUCGGAUUGUCAAGAUCGUUCAGUCAUUGACAGUACAGAAGCAUCUCAUCAUCAUUCCGUACACUGUUUCCUAUGUACCUAUGAGUGGUCUUAACCGACUUAACUGUCAUUGUGGUGUAUACACUAUAAAACACAUCGAAUGCCACGUGUUUGGGUUGGACAUAUCUUUGGUGAGUGAUGAUAACAUCCGGGGAGCUCAGAUAAAGAUUAUGUGGGAUAUGUGGGAAGCAGCUAAUGAUCCAGAAUUGAUUGAGAGAAUGUCAAAGUAUGAGCCUAUUAAGUGUAGUAAGCCUGCUGAGUAUGUUGAGAUUGAUGAUUUAUGA